CAUGGCCCUACACUUGGGGCCCCACUGCCUGAAAAAACUAAAGUAGCCAUGCUAAAAAGUUUACCUCCAAACUAUGAGAUUUCAGAGGGAAAAAGAGCCAUCUCUGUGUACAUGAAAGCAGGCAAAGGAAAUGCCCUGAGGAGAGGAAAUAAGACAUACUUGGACAGUGAUGCUGAGAUAAGGGAAGCACAAGAGAAAAUGUAA